UCAUGUAAAAAAGAUUAUAAAUAAAUUAAUUAAAUACUACCGCUACGAGUCACUCACUACCUUUUUCACUUUUGUCCCACCACCACCGAACUCCAAAGUAGCUUCAUCAGGUCUUUUAAUUUGUCAUGGAGGAGGCGUUGCUUCGCGCCGCCGCCGCACCAACACGGGAGCUGUUCGUGGAAGAGCUGAAGAAGGUGAGUUACAUAGCAGCACCAAUGGUGGUGGUGACCGUAUCCCAGUCUCUGUCGAGGGUUGCAUCGAUGAUGAUGGUGGGCCACCUGGGCGAACUCCCUCUCUCCGGCGCCGCCGUCGCCACCUCAUUCGCCAACGUCACCGGCCUCAGUAUUCUCUUUGGAAUGGCAAGUGCACUGGAAACGUUAUGUGGGCAAGCCUUCGGAGCGAAGCAAUACGAAAAGAUCGGAGCCUACACUUACGCUUCUAUCGUAUGUCUCCUCUUCGUCUGCUUGCCGAUAUCUCUCGUAUGGAUAUUCAUGGACAAAUUGCUGAUACUUAUGGGGCAAGAUUCUUCAAUCUCAAUCGAAGCUGGCAAAUACGCUGUUUGGCUAAUCCCAGCGUUGUUUCCUUACGCUAUUCUUCAAUCGCUGAUAAGAUAUUUGCAGACUCAGAGUUUGAUUUUUCCGAUGCUUUGGAGCUCGGUCGCGGCGCUUGCUUUUCAUGUGCCUGUUUGUUGGGCUUUAGUGUUUAAGGCUGGAUUCGGAGCUGCUGGAGCUGCGUUUACGAUUGGUUUGUCUUAUUCGUUUAAUGUGGUGUUGCUCGUUGUGUACAUUAAGUACUCUUCGAACUGCAAGAGUACGAAUUACGCUUCGUUUUCAAAAGAUAUUGUGCCUAGUUUGAGGGAGUUUUCUUGCUUUGCUGUCCCUUCAACGGUUAUGGUUUGUUUGGAAUGGUGGACAUGUGAAAUAGUAGUGCUGCUGUCUGGAUUUCUGCCGAAUCCACAGCUCGAAACCUCGGUUCUUUCUAUAUGCCUAUUGGUUGCUUCGUUGCAUUACUUCAUACCUUAUUCGAUUGGUGCUGCUGCAAGCACGAGAGUUUCGAACGAACUUGGGGCAGGAUGUCCGGAGAGAGCUCGGGCAACUGUCUGGGCAGCAAACACUCUCUCAAUAACCGAAGCAAUUUUGGCAUGCACGAUUCUCCUAAGCUGCCGCAGUUUCCUCGGAUACGCUUUCAGUUACGAAAAGGAAGUCGUGGACUACAUGGGGGCGAUCACCCCUUUCCUCUGUCUCUUGAUUGCAAUGGACUGCAUCCAAGCCGUUCUUUCAGGAGUGGCGAGAGGGAGUGGAUGGCAACACGUCGGUGCAUACGUAAAUCUUGGAGCGUACUAUGUCGUUGGUCUGCCUACGGCGCUGGUCCUCGGUUUUGUGCUCCAUUUACGAGGAACGGGUCUUUGGGUCGGGUUGAAUAUGGGUUCGAUAGUUCAAUCCAUAUUGUUGUCUGUGGUCACGUGCUCCACUAAUUGGACAAAACAGGCAACAAUUGCCCGACAGAGAUUGUUUGAUGGAGCAGGUAGUGCAGACUUAAGAAAAGAGUUGGCAUGAGAAGUACGCUUAAAUCCGAUCCACAUGGUGUAACUAAUCGAGUUGUAAUGAAAUUUUAUCAGGCUUUCGAUGUCGUGUUUAAGCUAAUUAGUUUACUAGAACGGACACUUUAGUCGAGCAGAGAACAUGAAUUGAGUCGAGCUCGAAGACAUAUUAAUCAAACUGAACACGAAUCGAGUUUUGACUUUUGAUGUA